AUGAUGGCAGGGAUGAAAAUCCAGCUGGUAUGCAUGGUGCUCCUGGCUUUCAGCUCCUGGAGUCUGUGUUCAGAUUCAGAAGAGGAAAUGAAAGCGUUAGAAACAGAUUUAUUGACCAAUGUGCACACAUCAAAGAUCAGUAAACCAAGUGUUCCCUCUUGGAAAAUGAUCCUGCUGAAUCUUUGCAGUCUUAUAAAUAACCUGAACAACCAAGCUGAGGAAACAGGAGAGCCCCUUAUUACAAGAAGGAAAUUUCCCACUGGCUUAGAUGACUUUAGCUUGGAAGCAAUGUUGACAAUAUACCAGAUCCGAAGUAUCUGUCGCAGGAGGACCUUUCAGCACUGGGAGUUAAUUCAGGAAGAUGUUCUUGAUAAUGGAAAUGAAAAAAGUGAAAAAGAAGAAGUUAUAAAGAGAAAAAUUCCUUACAUUCUGAAACGGCAGCUUUAUUCGAAUAAACCCAGAAGACCCUACAUACUCAAAAGAGGUUCUUACUACUACUGA